AGCGGGCCGCUCGCGCACCGCGCCACGUGUUUUCUCCUCCCGCCAAUGGGCGGAAGCGCCGCGUGAGCCUGCUCCCGCCCCCCAGGCUCGCCUGAGCCAAUCGGAAGGGGCGGGGUGUGUGUUUGUGUGUGUGUGUGUGUGUGUGUGUGUGUGUGUGUCUGUGAGUGUCUGUGUGUGUGUAUGUGUGCGCGAGGGCAAGUCGGGAGGGGGACCCAGCUCAGGACUGGGAGGCCCUGCUCGCAGGUCCCUGGGUCCCAGUGGCGGCCGGAGCGCUUGGUCCGCAGGCAGCGGGCGGGUGGUCGCCCCUCCCGCCCCCACCCCGCGCGUGCGCGCCCCGGCCUCUCCCUCCCCGCCACCCUCCUCGGCUCCCGCGCGGCGGCGGCGGUUGCUCUCCCACUCCCCCCAGCCCUGGCUCCGGGGGACCCCGCGAUGCCGGUCCGCACCGAGUGUCCCCCGCCGGCCGGUGCCUCUGCUGCCUCCGCGGCCUCCCUCAUCCCGCCGCCGCCCAUCAACACCCAGCAGCCCGGCGUGGCCACCAGCCUGCUCUACAGCGGCUCCAAGUUCCGCGGCCACCAGAAGAGCAAGGGGAACUCGUACGACGUAGAGGUGGUGCUGCAGCACGUGGACACGGGGAACUCUUACCUUUGUGGGUACUUGAAGAUUAAAGGCCUUACUGAGGAGUAUCCAACCCUUACAACCUUCUUUGAAGGAGAAAUAAUCAGCAAAAAACACCCUUUCUUAACUCGCAAGUGGGAUGCAGAUGAAGAUGUUGAUCGGAAACACUGGGGCAAGUUUCUGGCUUUUUAUCAGUAUGCAAAAUCAUUUAACUCAGAUGACUUUGAUUAUGAAGAGCUGAAGAAUGGAGACUAUGUCUUCAUGAGGUGGAAGGAACAGUUUCUGGUCCCAGAUCACACGAUCAAAGACAUCAGUGGUGCUUCUUUUGCCGGGUUCUACUACAUCUGCUUUCAGAAGUCAGCAGCCUCCAUAGAGGGCUACUACUACCAUAGGAGUUCAGAAUGGUAUCAGUCCCUCAAUCUAACCCAUGUUCCUGAACACAGUGCACCCAUCUAUGAAUUCCGGUGACAACGGUUCAGAACAGCAACCAAAUAAAACUGAACUUGGCAAAAAAGAACUUUGCCGAGAAAAUUGUGUACCUGCCAGAACCAGGAGAAGUAUGUUCCUGUUUCUUCACGAGCAGACUCGCAUCACAAAGCAUGAAUGUUAACCCACAGAAUCCAAGGAGCAUGGCUGGCCCGUGGGGCAGGUGGAGGGAGCAGUCUUCGUUCUUCCUCCCCUCAGUGGCAGUUUGGUCUUCACCUGUUUUUAAGCUACCUUAAACGCACUUUUCCUUCCUGCACAGCUAACUUCUACAUCACUGAAAUGCCCAUUCCUUCCUCCGUCCCACCUCCAGCCGAGUAGAAGGUCUGCUCUCGGAUCACCCUCAGCCUUGGUGCUCAGUGGUCCCCAGGCCCUAGACCCCCACCCCCCGCCAGUUGCUUUGUCUGGUAGCUCAAGAGAAGGCAGAGCCCCAGCACCUCUGUGCCCCCCAGAGCUCUGUGCAGGGAGUUGGCCAGCUGCCGCAGCAUCGGCCACCAGCGACACAAGAGGCGGAGGCCCCGGUCCCUGCUGGGCUGCCUCAGUCUUCAGUGCUGAUUGUGUCACGGGUCAGCGUGUGCUGCUGAACCCUAUACUGUUAACAGUGCAAAGCUAGUGAGUGGCUGUCAGGUUCCCUGGGCCUGCCAUCAGGGAUCACUAAAUUUAAGGCUUCCAGAUCCCUGGCAGGAACAGAUUCCAGUCCUGCUUACUCAGUACAUUUGCUCCAAACUUUUGAACUUGAGGGCAAUACUAAACUUAAAAAUAAGAGUUUUUUUAUUACAAAAUUAUUUUUAUGGUCCCUUUAACGAGGACCCUAUGGCAAAUGCACAAUUAUUCAGAAUUACAUUUUAUCGUUUUCACAUUGAAAACAGCAAAUGUUGACUUAGUAAUUUUUAUAUCGAUAUCUAUAUGUAUAUGUAUAUUUAAUCAACCAGCAGUUUUGAAACUAGUCAUCCUGGUACAAAAGUUUUGCAGCAUUGCCUAAAUUAUAGUGCUCAACACAAGAACUGUUUUUGGGGCCAGUUUAGCAUUUGUGCCUCCUCCUUUUGCUACUCAAAACAGCAGUGCUUGGCGGCAGCCUUCCAUGAGGCAGAAGGGGUCGUCGUUCUCCGAAAACAGUGACUCUGAAAUGUUGGGACAGGGGAAGGGGUGGGAAACAUGAACAUGCUCAAAUAACUCGAGGCUCACGUGCCAAAGUGUGUGUGUGUGUGUGUGUGUGUGUGUGUGUAUAUGGUGUUUUGUUUUUUCAAAUGUUUAAAAAGCUUAAUAGGUUGGCAUCAGUUGUAGCCCACAAACAUGGGUAGGGCUUUGGGGAAUUGACAUUUUUCUGGUGAUUUACAAGACUUACUCCGAAUACAAGAGGAAAAGCUUUAAAAACAAGAUUGCAUCAUAACCCCCAGGAGCAAAGCAACCUGGAGGCUGCAUAUCCAUGGGCGGGCAGCAUAAGAGAACGUGAAGCCUUUCAGUAAGACGAGACGAGCAAUGGGAAAACUUUUCUGUUCUUAAGAAGUGACUUUAAUUUUAUUGACAUAUGUACUGUAUGUUACUGAGAUUGAAUGUUAGGGGAGGCCUUAAGGGAGAGGUAUUUGGGAAAGUAGCCAGUGGCACUUGUGAUAUCUAAAAUCUGUUAUCCCAGGACUGUACAGAGGGGCAACCCACCCAUUCAGGAAGGUCAGGGCUUUGGAACCCUAACAAGUUGGCCCGAUGGCUUAACGGGAAAAACAGUUCAUUCCCAGAGAUGAGUCAGAACAGUCUCCUCAAUCCUGAAAUUCAACAAGGCAUCAGAAGGGCUGGCUGUGGUCAAGCCCAGCUGCUCUCAUGUGAGGAGAUGCUCACUGUGGUUUUGUUGAGCUAAUGGCCUUGGUUGAGCUGAUGGACAAGUGAAGGAGGCCGUGGGGCUGUGCUGUCCUUCCUGCCGUACGUGCCAUUCCAGUCUCUUCAGCUCUCCCCUCAAUGGCAUGCGAGCCCAUACCUUCUGCAUUUUUCCAGGCCUAUGAGGGAUAUAGGCCUCCCCUUGGAGCACUGAGUCCGGAGGUCAUCCCUGAGCUCGUCCAGGGCUCAUGCUGUGGCUCCGAGUAGUGGUUUGAGUGGGCAGGAAGGGCCAUUUGCAAACACUGCUGUGUUCUAGACAAACAAGCCAAGUCUUAUUGCAGGAUUUCUUCCUUCCUUCCGUUUUUACCCAGGUAAUGAAGUGCCCAUUGUACUGGGAAAAAUGAAGAGGUGAUACCUUUACUAGAUCCUUCACACACAUCUAUGAGAAGAUUUGUUCACUUAAAAGUCUGCCCACUGAGGAUAGGGAAGGGAUUAAGGAUUUUUCCACCUCCUCUUAGUAACUCCUGAAUUACCAACAUCAACUUCAUUCUCUCUGUUCCUGAAGGAACUUUGGGGAAUCAUCUUCAUCCAUAGUUAUGCUUUCCUGAACCUUCUCAGUGGUUUACUUGCCUCUGAAACUAUGUGCAAUAUUUUUGGUUGACACUUGUAUCCAUCCUUAAGAAAUUAGUGCAGUUUGCAGAUAUUCUACUGUCUUCCACCCCAAACAAGCCUGCCGUGAGGUGGGAUCCUAGGGGUUUGGCUGUUCUUACUCCACUGCUCAGAAAGCUUCCAUUCUGCUGUCCCCAGCCUCUACCCUCUUCUGUGCUGGACUUCCAUCCACCCACCCUUUUCAAGUUUAGAUAGCGUUUCAGCUGCGGUCCCAAAGUAACAAUACCUACUGUUAAGUAGGAAGUCAAUCUGUGUGCUGGUUAUGUUGGUUAUGUUGAAAUCACAAACUCCAGAGGAGCAAAGGGGUUUUUCAAUGUCUUUUGCUUUCAGAAACAGAGAAUAUAAUAUUCUCACUAAGGCCUUGAAUUGAUUUUUUUUCUCAUAAAAUAGUCUGAUAAGCUAAUUUUUAAAAAGAAAUGCUAUUAACUGUGUUGUAUUGUGGUUUAAAAUUACUAACAAGUUGUGGGAAAGAAAAAUAAUAUUUGAUUUUGAAUCUUAAAUGUUUUUAAAAAUUAGACUUGAAUGGGCACAAAGUAUAAAUAUUUUGUUUCUUUAUGGAGGACAUGUGGAAGGAGUUUGAGGGUUUGGGAUGGGAGAAGUAUUUUGCAGAGCUAUCAAUGUCCAAAUAAUUUUUAAAAAAUAAUAAAGGUAUUUAAGCAGUGA